GUCCUCUCUCUGCGCCUGCCUCCUAUACUGAGUGUGACCUUCUCUAUUGAUAUAUUGUAAUUUGUAAGGACAUUUAUUGCCAAGAUAUAUAUAUUCAGACAGAGAAGCACCCAUUAAUAAGGUUCAACCAUGCCAGUUUUCCCACAAAACCUUUCUCCUGAACAGGAAGAUGAGCUUCGAAAGAUUGCCAAUGCCAUUGUUGCCCCUGGUAAAGGAAUUUUAGCUGCUGAUGAAUCUACAGGUUCUAUUGGUAAGAGAUUUGCACCAAUAAAUGUUGAGAACACUGAGGAGAACAGAAGACGUUACAGAGAACUCCUGUUCACAUGUGACAAAUCAUUGGCACAAAACAUCAGUGGUGUCAUCAUGUUCCACGAAACAUUCUACCAGAAAAACAAAGCUGGUGUGCCAUUCCCCAAACUUCUCCAGGAUCAGGGUAUAAUUCCAGGCAUCAAAGUAGACAAGGGAGUUGUGCCAUUGGCUGGAACAGAUAAUGAAUGUACUACACAGGGUCUUGAUGGUCUCUCAGAGAGAUGUGCACAGUACAAGAAAGACGGUGCUCAGUUUGCUAAAUGGCGAUGCGUUCUAAAAAUCCAACAAUAUACUCCCUCAUAUCAAGCCAUGUUAGAAAAUGCCAAUGUUUUGGCUAGAUAUGCCAGCAUUUGUCAACAGAAUGGACUUGUUCCCAUUGUAGAACCAGAAGUAUUACCAGAUGGAGAACAUGAUCUAGCAACAGCACAAAAAGUCACAGAACAGGUGUUAGCAUUUACAUACAAAGCUUUAGCAGAUCAUCAUGUUUUCCUGGAAGGAACUUUACUCAAACCUAACAUGGUUACUGCUGGAAUGAGCUGUUCUAAGAGAAACUCUGCUGAUGAAAAUGCCAGAGCCACCGUAUUGGCUCUAAGUAGGACUGUCCCACCAGCAGUUCCAGGUGUAACCUUUUUAUCUGGAGGUCAGUCUGAAGAUGAUGCCUCAGUUAAUUUGAAUGCCAUCAAUACCUGUGAAGGAAAGAAACCAUGGUCUCUUACAUUCUCUUUUGGAAGAGCUCUACAAGCUUCUGUACUGAAAGCCUGGCAAGGAAAGGAGGAAAAUAUAAAAACUGCACAGACAGAACUCAUGAACAGAGCUAAGGCAAAUGGUUUGGCAGCUUUAGGACAAUUUAAGGGUGACAUCAAGAGUUCUGCAGCCGAUCAAUCAUUGUUUGUUGCCCAACAUGCCUACUAAAUUUAGAUCAACCAGCAAAGUCGUCAGAUUUAGCAUAAUACUUGGCUUUGAUAUUUUACUGCUUUUUUACCAAAGAACAACAUUUUGAUAAAGAACUUGAUUGGUUAUAACAAAACUGGUUUCCUUACAUCACUACCUGAUUUGAUAUAGAAAAACUGUUUCCUUCACAUCAAUGUUGUUAUCAUAGAAUCUCAGUUACAUGAGCAUUUACCUUAGCUUUUCUUUAUAUAGAUAUUUAUUGUACAGUUUUUACAUUGUAAGUUUUAACUCUUUAUUGAUGAUUAUUUAUCAUUGAGAUUGUACAUGUAAUCCUCUUUAAAUUAUAUACUUAUCAAUGUUCUGUAAUGUAAAAGUACAUGUUGAAAAAACUAUGUUGUAAGAAUGGAGUAUAAAUCGUUUGUUAGUGAGACAUUUUUGAUAUUUUGAUUUAUUGUUUUGAUUUGAAAGCAAAAGAGAACUAAAGGCAUUAUUCCAAAUGUGUGAUUGUGUUAAAGUUUUUGUUCUUCACAACCAGAAUGAUUUGAUUUUGUUGUUAUUUUUACUUUAAAGAAGAUUUCAGAACCAAUUAUCUCUGCUGAUACAUUUGAACUAUUCUGGUGAACAAAGCUGUUUUUUUCGCCUUUCAGAUUCUUUUUUUGGCUAGAGAUUAUUUUAUUACAACAUGGUUUAUUUUUAUUUCAUAUUUUUUGGUGCAUACAGCUUUUUAUUGUUAGAAGUGCUUACUUAUUUAUUUUUUCUGUGAUAUAAUUUAACCAUUUAUUUCAUCCCUCAAUUGAUGUAUGUAAUAUUUUUGGUUAUGUUGACAACUUUAUAUUGAUGGAAAGUUAUGAAAUCUUUAGAUGCAGAUAAAAUGAAAUAAAAUUAAGCAUCCUUA